AUGUUGGCAUCAGGGAACAGCUCUUCUCAUCCUGUGUUCUUCAUCCUGCUUGGAAUCCCAGGACUGGAGAAUUCCCAAUUUUGGAUUGCUUUUCCGUUCUGUGCUAUGUAUGCUUUGGCUGUAGUUGGCAAUAUCACUGUCCUUCACAUAAUCCGAACGGACCACACCCUGCAUGAGCCCAUGUACCUCUUUCUGGCCAUGCUGUCAGUCACUGACCUGGUCCUCUCCUCCUCCACCCAACCUAAAAUGUUGGCUAUAUUCUGGUUUCAAGCUCACAAGAUUGAAUACCAUGCCUGCCUCAUCCAGGUGUUCUUCAUCCAUGCCUUUUCUUCUGUGGAGUCUGGGGUGCUCAUGGCCAUGGCCUUGGACCGCUAUGUGGCUAUCUGCUUCCCACUCAGGCACUCUAGUAUCCUGACGCCAUCUGUAGUGAUCAAACUGGGGGCGGUUGUGAUGAUGAGAGGGCUGCUGUGGGUCAGCCCCUUCUGCUUCAUGGUCUCCAGGAUGCCCUUCUGCCCCAACCAGGUCAUCCCCCAGUCAUACUGUGAGCACAUGGCUGUGCUGAAGUUGGUGUGUGCUGAUACGAGAGUGAAUCGUGCAUAUGGCCUCUUUGUGGCCUUUUCUUCUUCUGGAUUCUGUAUGUUUGUCAUUACAGCAACAGAUGUCACACAGGCUAUGCUGUGGCUACCCUAUGGAGAGUCACUGCCCAAGCUAUUUCACACACAUGCCUCUCAUAUAUGUGUCAUCCUGUCCUUGUACAUCUCAGUGCCCUUUUCUUCUGUCAUUGCUUUAGCUCCCAUAUACACAGAGUGGUUCCCAUCACUUUGCUCAGUGUCUACAUACUGGUGGCCUCCAUGUUCAACAUCAUCAUCUGUGGUGUAA